GUACAGUACUGAUUGUAGCUGGAUUCGGAUUUCUGUUUUGACCGUGUCAAACUAAAUGGUGUGGGGGUAAGGCGUUAUCGCAACAUUGUUAUUUCCCGGGACAGUUCUGCUCCAUAUGCCGUGAUCAAAAUCAUAGGUUCUUUAAAGUAAAUGUUACACGUUAAGAUAUCUACAGGGGAUCAGAGUAAUUAUGUAUACUUUUGUGGUCCGGGAUGAAAACAGCACUGUGUACAGCGAAGUGGCCUCUAUUCUCAUUUCGACGGGUCAGUGGAAGAGACUCAAGAGGGACAACCCAAGAUUUAACCUCAUGCUGGGGGAAAGAAACAGGCUACCGUUUGGCAGAUUAGGUCAUGAACCAGGACUUGUGCAACUUGUCAAUUACUACAGAGGAGCAGACAAGCUCUGUCGCAAGGCUUCUUUAGUGAAGUUAAUCAAAACAAGCCCUGACCUUUCUGAGUCAUGUACAUGGUUCCCCGAAUCGUAUGUAAUUUACCCUAAUGAUCUUAAAACACCUAUGGCUCCAACACAGAAUGGAUUACAGCUUCCAGUAAGCAGCACACGGACUGAUGAAAGGGAGGUAUUUCUUACGUCAUAUAACAAGAGAAAGGAACCUGAUCAAGACAACGUUUGGAUAGCAAAGUCAUCUGCAGGUGCCAAAGGUGAAGGAAUCUUGAUAUCUUCUGAUGCUGCUGAACUUUUAGACUUCAUUGAUAACCAAGGUCAAGUACACGUGAUUCAGAAGUAUCUGGAGAAACCCUUGCUGUUAGAACCAGGUCAUCGCAAGUUUGAUAUCAGGAGCUGGGUGUUGCUAGAUCACCAGUAUAACAUCUACCUCUACAAAGAGGGUGUGCUGCGGACAUCAUCUGAACCAUAUAACAGUACAAAUUUACAGGACAAAAUUUGUCACUUGACCAAUCACUGUAUUCAGAAAGAACAUUCCAAAAACUAUGGACGAUAUGAGGAAGGCAAUGAAAUGUUCUUCGAUGACUUCAAUCAGUAUCUAAUCAACUCUCAUAAUGUUACCCUUGAAAGCAGUAUUUUACCCCAGAUCAAGCAGAUCAUAAGGAGUUGCCUUUUGUGUAUAGAACCUUCAAUCAGCACAAAGUCCCUUCCAUAUCAAAGUUUCCAGCUUUUUGGCUUUGACUUCAUGGUUGAUGAAGAAAUGAAAGUGUGGUUGAUUGAAGUCAAUGGAGCCCCAGCCUGUGCGCAGAAGCUUUAUGCAGAACUUUGUCAAGGAAUCAUCAGCAUUGCAAUAUCUAGCGUCUUUCCAUUGAAUGACUCUACAGAAAAGCAGAAUGACUUAUCCAAGUUUAUCAAGCUUUGAUGUCAGUUGAACAUCAGUAUUUCACUGGCAAUAGAAAACACUUCAGCUCCCAUGCAGUGUCCGAGGGGACAUUUUUGACCAUUUCCUUUGCUGCAAGAGCAACUGAACAUCAGAAAUGAUGAAACUUUUGACAAGAACAAAAUGUAGCAAACAGUUCUUGAAGUGGAUGCCGUUUGUGACUACUGUGCCUAUAGCCAACAUUUAACAACAUUAUUACCUGUGCUACAUACAUAUCACUAAGUUUUUUGAGAAGAGCAGUAUCAGACUUUUUGAAAUAACACAAAUGAAGAAAACAUUUUGCAUUGCGUAUGCAUACAUCUUAAUAUGUUAUUUGAACUGUUUAGGAAUGAAUCCGACUGCACUAGUGAGACUGUUCUUAAAACACCACACUGGAGGUGUUUGCUGCUUUAUAGGUUGUUAUUAUUUUUUUUACAGUGUAGAACUCCUGCAGUAACAGUGCCUUAUAGUGGUUCUGUAAAGGAGUGCUUUAAUUAGUCAUUCAUGUAGUCUAGAAUGUUUCAAGAAUCACUUUGAUGUUGGCUAAAAAUAUCAUGUCAGUAACAUUAAGUAUUUGAAAGUGGCACUGUUUGCCAUACAAAGAAUUUGAUGAUCUUUCUAGCGAAGGUUUGCUUUCUUGAAAAGUGAGGGUGAGCAGUGUAUUUUUAAAGCUCUAAUAAGUUUCUAUAGUUCAUUUAUUUGUUCAUUUUCUAAGAUCCCUCUUUAUCCUGUACAGUAUUACAGGGAAGCAAGAAUGUAUCAAGUAAGUGAUUGUAACUUCUGCUGGAUGGGAUGCCUGUCCAUUGCAGGCUUUUAUGUUCAUAAGUUCAUAGGUAAGUACUGGGCUAGCUGGCUCUGUGGAACCAUUUUAAACCUAGCCAGUUUCCACUUUAGUGGUGAGAAUUAAACCCUGUACCUUGUGUCUGUGAGGUAAACACUUUAACCAUUGUGCCAGCCUCCAACCAUAACCUCCAAAUGUAAUUUGCAGCAUAUGUCAGUUACCCAGCAAAGAUAGAAGGAUAUUGUCUUUUUAAGAUGUUUGUUCCUGAACUCAAAAUCUGUAUAGGCCUGUAUGUGGUUUCCAGGAAAGAAAUGUACAUGUUUAUCCAAAGUGGCUUUCACACGUGCUUGAUAAUACACUGCAGCACUUUAAUCUAAACACUUGAUUUUCCUUA